AUGCGCUUCCCGCCCGCGUGGCCCUGCUCCGCCUUGCCGCCCGCUUCCCCUGCUGCCGCCCGCACGCGCUGCCCCUCCCCACCGCUCCGGUCUGCCGCGCCUCGCGCGCCCCCGAGCCCCGCGGCAACUCCGCCUGCACCUGCCGCCGAGCCCGCCACCAUUGCUGAUGCUCCACCGCUGUCCCGCGCGCCGAUGGCUCCGCGCCUUCCCUCGCGCUUGCCGGCGGCCGCCGCUCCCCGCGCCCCGCUCCGGUGCCGCCCGGCGCUCCUCCCGUCCCUCCCGUGCCAGCCACUGGCGGCCGGCCUCGCCGCGGCCCUACCUCGUUGGCCGCCGCCCGGUUCCGCCCCUCGGCUGCUGUCGCGGCUUCACGCCGGCGCGCCGACACCCGCGCCAGUUGGGUGCACCCGCGAGGGCCAUCGCCCGUUCGGGUUGCGCCCGUAA